AGAAGGGGAGAGAGAGAGGCGGCACGGGUCGUCAGCGUGGAGAGCGCCGAUAAAUGAAACGCGGCACUUCUUUUUAAUCCUUUUAUUUUCUCUCUUUCUCGUCUCUCUCUCUCUCUCUAAAUUCUACGCCUAUUUUUACCUGCGGCACAGGAACGGCUAGCUUCGAAUCAUCAACUAGUCCGUUGCCUCUCUCUUCUUUGAACCAUUUCUUCUUCCUCUUCUUCUAGGGUUACUCUGUGGUUUAGGGUUUCGAUUCAGGGAUUGAAAGGGAAGGGCAUCUUAGAGAAAUGGUAAAGGAAACAGAGUAUUACGAUGUGCUGGGAAUUAGCCCAACCGCUACAGAAGCAGAUAUCAAGAAAGCUUACUACAUCAAGGCAAGGCAGGUCCAUCCAGAUAAAAAUCCAAAUGAUCCUCUCUCUGCACAAAACUUUCAGGUUCUGGGCGAGGCUUACCAAGUUCUCAGUGAUCCAAAUCAGAGAGUAGCUUAUGAUGCUUAUGGGAAAUCAGGCAUUUCACAGGAAGCAAUUAUUGAUCCGGCAGCAGUGUUUGCGAUGCUCUUUGGGAGUGAGCUUUUUGAGGACUACAUAGGGCAGCUUGCAAUGGCUUCAAUGGCCUCACUUGAUCUGUUCGUAGAGGGUGAACAAGUCGAUGCCAAAAAAAUUCAAGAGAAAAUGAGGGUUGUACAAAAAGAAAGAGAAGAAAAACUUGCACAAAUAUUGAAAGACCGACUUAAUCAGUAUGUCCAAGGUGACAAGGAUGGUUUUAUUAGUCAUGCCCAGUCUGAAGUAACAAGGCUCUCUAAUGCAGCUUAUGGCGGUGAUAUGUUGAACACAAUUGGCUACAUAUAUGUCAGACAGGCAGCAAAAGAACUUGGGAAGAAAGCCAUAUAUUUAGGGGUUCCAUUUGUUGCUGAAUGGUUCAGAAAUAAGGGCCACUUCAUCAAAUCUCAAGUGACAGCUGCAACAGGUGCCUUUGCUCUGCUUCAGCUUCAAGAGGACAUGAAGCGGCAGCUUAGUGCAGAAGGGAACUAUACGGAGGAAGAACUCGAAGCAUAUUUGCAGUCUAAUAAGAAACUGAUGAUAGAUUCUUUGUGGAAGCUCAAUGUUGCUGAUAUAGAAGCUACUCUAUCCCGUGUUUGUCAAAUGGUGCUUCAAGACAACUCGGUCAAGAAAGAGGACCUUCGAGCUCGUGCAAAGGGCUUGAAAACUCUUGGAAAGAUAUUUCAGGGGGCAAAAUCAGCCAGUGGAAGCGAUGGAGAUGCUACACUGAGUAAUAGUGUCCCUAAGCUGAACGGACACACCAAUGAGGGCAGUUCCCCCGAUACAUCACCAAAGUCUCCACCUGGAACUUUUGCAUCUCCUCUUACGUCCCAGAGCCCAUAUGUGGAGGUGCCGCAGUUUACAAGCAUGCCCAAUGAGUUCCCGAACUUCCCAAGGCCAGUGGCGCCACACGGUGCUCAGAGGCAGCAGCAACCGUCUUGAGUGAGCUGAGUGCAAGGGUUCUUCUUCUUCCUUCUCAUAAUGAUACCUCAGCUUCCUCAUGGGGCCCUGUUUGAUGUGUAUGUAUAUUCGUUAUGUGUUGGUUUUUUGAGAAAAUUAGGUGAGAUUGCUCUUCCCGUGGGGUAAUGUGUAUGUAAGAGAGAGAGAGAGAGAGUUUUGAGUUGGAGCACAUUUUGUGAAGAAAUGCAUGACAUUUGAGAUGUAUGGUUGGCCUUUUGGUAGAGCAGGGGCUUCAUAUUUAUAUGUGUAUUUUAUUAGCUAGCAUUCAGUCCAUAUAUUUGUACAUUUAUUGAC